CAGCGCCACGAAGCCGCCGUGGCCGCCGCGACUCAACGAGAUGCGGCGGCCACGGCGGCUGCUGCGUCUCGCGUGGAGAGCGCAGCUCCCCCUCCUCCCCCUCCUCCCCCUCCUCCUGCUGCUGCUGCUCGCCGGUCGCCUACACGGAGACACGCGUGAGUACGCAGUGGCGGUACGCAACCUCGGCGCGGAAGGACGCGCGGAGGUCAGAGCCCCCUCGGCAGCAUACGACACAGUCCAGGUCGAAUCAACCCAGAGACGUGCCGAAGUUGGGGAGACGACACGGAGCCCGGCACGGGUCCAGCGUGAGAUCACUGCCUGGGAUGGUAGCCUGGCCGGAGAGGAGUCCAUCCGGACUCCCCGUCCCUCCGAACUCGGACCUGGUGAAGCGCGUGCGCCGGACCGCGGCGCUCGUGGAGAAGGGAGCAUGACGCUCACGUCCGCGCCGCCGUCGCAGAGACUCGGCCCCCCCGCGUACGACGGAAGAACGCUCACGGGGGCGCAGCUGCCUUCGACGGUGGCGGCGGCCGUGGGAGGCGAUGCGGCGGGCACGGCGGCGGAGGACAGCAGCCGGGCGAGCGGCGCCUACUGGGGUGGUGAAUCUCCAGCGAGCGGCGUCCCACGCGUCGCCACGGCCCUUGCCUGGGGCGGCGACGCCGACGCGGCGGCGGCGACGGCCCUCGAUCCCUCGCUCUACAACGUCACGCGGACGCAAGCCGCGGCCGACCGUCCGUCCGUCGACGUGCGCACCCAGCGCACCGAGAUGCAGCUCUUCGCGUCCUCCCCGAGAUACCUGCACCACCAGAUCAACGAGUUGCUCGGUGAACUCAGGCGCAGGGGCUCCGCGUCUGGGACGGCGAGGACCCCCCUCCUCCUGCCGCCCCCGCCGCCGCCUCUCCCGCCUCCCCCACCGCCUCUCCCGCUUCCCACGGCCGUUCCCCCGGUGACCUGCGGCCCGGGAUAUACGCACAGGCGUGGGGGCUGCGUGUCCCUUUGCCAGAGCGUGCCCGCCUUCUGCUACAACGGGGGCACGUGCCACCUCAUCGAGGGAAUCGGAGCGUUCUGCAGGUGCAGGCUGCAGGAGCACGUGUGGUACAGGGGGCUGCGCUGCGAGGGGGCCGCGCCGCACACCGCGGUGCUGGGCGGGGCGCUGGGAGCCGGUGGAGGCGCCCUCGCGCUGGGGCUGCUGCUCGUCGUGUGCCUCGCCAAGCGGGCGCGGAGAGUCCACGAGCACAACGAGCGCCUGCGGGGAGGCCGGCUCAGGUGAGCACCCACACUCACACCGGGGCUCCCUUACCUCACCGGUGCCCUCACCUCACCGGUGCCCUCACCUCACUGGCACCGUCACCCCACCAGCUUUCACCAAACUCACCCCACCAGCGCUUCCGACUCGCCGGUGCCCUCACCCCACCAGCUCUCCCACCUCACCAGCGCCCUCACCUAAAAGGUGUGUGCAAAGAACACUCCACUUUUUAUUCAUCGUGCUUGAUUUGGUUCUAUACUCAGCGCAAGUUCGUGAAGGACUGGUUCAGCUAUCGUUCGCCAGUGAUUUUAGCCGUGCGUGGGAAAUUGAGCUCGGGUCACCAGGUGUAUAGCGCUAACCACUGCGCUACUGCUCCACCGUUAUGUCAUCAUAAUAAUAAUACUAAAGGUUAAUAAUAUUGAGCCGAGGAAGAACCCCUAUUGGACGCUGGGCAAUUUUAGGUGCGAGCCUGCCUUGCUAAAAUAUGUAUUUGUGUUGAAAAGAGAAGCGCACAAUCUUCAUCGGUGGCAAAUUAAAGACACGAGCCAGGGCCGUGCGAUUGUGGCCAUGCAACUCAAACUGUGGACCACGCAGUCAAGCACCUGCAAGUCCCGCGCUCCUUCAACGGAGGAGGAAUCGCUAACUCCUUCCACCGAAGCCCUCUCGUCGUGGCGAACGGACCGCGGGCGUUGGCAUUUAGCUCCCCCGAGCGUAUUGCUGCCGCCAGCGUGUGCGAGAAACGGAACGGAGUUGAAACGAGAGAUGCCUCGCGCGCGUGCGGGAGUUGCGCACCGCCGCGUGCAACAAGCGUCCAGCCGCACGAGCGCCGCUCGCAGGGCCGCUGACGCCGGGGCUGUCGCAACAGCCGUGGCUGGGGGUGCUCGCGCAGGCAGGAGCCGUUUUGCCAGCACUGCGGAGGCAGCGAGGGUUGUUGGAUCGCGCAAAUGUCGACGGAUUGCCUUCCCGUGGGAGUCGAGGAGGAGGAGGAGCCCGUACCCUGGCUCGCCGGGAGAAGCGGUAACGUCAGCGACGUGGGCUCCCACCUCUUCUGUGUGUAUGGACUCGAGUGUUUUCCCCCCCGCGCACGCAUGGGAUUUCUGCUCGUGCUACGGUUUCCUCUCACACGUAAACGCUCAGUGAUUGGUCGGCGACACCUUCAUAUAGAGGACCGCAGAGCUUGGGGUGGUGGAGGGGGGGAGAUUUGGCACCGACUCGCUGCCUGGCUGCUGCAACCAUUCCCGCGUGUCUGUGGCCGGUUGUAAACUACAUCGCUUGGUAUACAGGAGGUCGUGGCUUCGAUCCCGACCCUGACACCUGCUGUAUAUUUGGAGUUUGCGU